AUGUUCAAAGUCCUCGUUUCCAACGUCCCCACAUCGUCCGCCUCUUAUUCUGUCAACCAGUUGGCAAUGCCAAGCCCUCCGUCGCAGAUGCUCCAGCAGUUGCGGCUGUCUGAACAACAGGAAGACCUGUCACAGCGACAGAAGUCGGAUCACCAUGGCCACAAAUCAACCGUGGGGCGUCGUGCUGUACUAAUGGGAGCCGCCGUAAAGCCCCCUACCAGUGAGCCUAAGGUUGGCCGAACAGUGGCCUAUGAUCCUGCUUCUUAUGAGCGCGAAUUUUCCGUCAUGACCGCUGUCUCCAGGAUCCCCGCCCUUGUCAACCAUGCUCCACGGAUUGUUAAAGCGGAUCCUAGCUCUGGCAUCAUUGUUCUCAACAGCCCAAAGCUCUACUGGGACCCAUUUUUGGACUGUUUGGAAGCUGAGUGA